GAUUACGAUCCAUCAUGUAGUGGUAAAGGUGAAGAUCCUCACCGUCCCUGUACUCCGUUUGUGUGUGCUAAUUGCGGCACCGACUUCACACCGGUUUGGAAGCGCAAGCGCUCGGGAUCAACGGAUGUCGUUUGUGAGGCAUGUAUCAUUGACGGCUUGCGUUCUGGAAUCCACCGAUCAUAUAACAGUGUGGUUUCUGCUGCGCUUAAACAAUACGCUUCUUCCGAAAGGGAGUUGGAACACGAAUACCAGGAUAUAGUCAAUUCUCCAGCCAAGUUGGAGGCCUUCAUUAAAGAGCAAGAACGUAAGCUGCUAGCAGCACAACCACCUCCAGUGGCCCCACCGCCACCGCAGCCACCACAACCAAGUUCAUCAGUGAAUCCCGUGCAAAACCAACGUUAUCACCAGCAGCAAAGUUACCAGGUCCAAAAUGCCUAUGCGAAUGUUGGUGCCCGACAUCCUCAGGCAGCGGCCAUUAACAGCGGCGUGCCUGGAGCCACCGUUGCAGCUGCUCAUCUCUCAAUCCCCGUGGCUAAUGCGCGGCGUCAGACUGUCUCAUCAGCUACGCUGGUGACGUCUGCUAGUGCACCUUCACUUUCCAUCGCGCAACAACAGCAACAAAACCAAGUCGUUGCUACGAACAACGUUGUGCAGCAGUUUGCUACACAAUACCAACAACUGACAAAGGCUGCUGCCGCAGCUGCCCAAGCCGGGCACGUGGCAGGUGGCAAUGCUAACGUCACCGCUAAUCUCAUGAUGGCAGCUGCUGCUGCCAAUCCAAUGCUUGUUGCAGCAGCUGCCAAUGCAACCAACCAACAGCAGCAGCAACAACAAGCGGCUGCAGCCGCUGCUGUAGUACAACAGCGUUUGGCUGCGGCAGCAGCACUCAGUGAAUUUCAACAUCAACAGCAGCAGCAACAAUCGACUUUGGAUCAGUAUGCUCGUCUGCAGGAAUUGGUGAUGAACACCCUUUUAUGCAAUGCCGCAACUGCCGGCACCCAAAAUGCUGCUAUUCGUCAGCCCCAGCAUGCUGUUCAACAAGCUCUUUUACAGUAUGCAUGUUUGCUUCAACAACAACAGCAGCAACAACAGGCUGCCACACAGGCCCAACAGCAACAACAAGCCAAUGCUGCGGCUCUCCAGCAAUUCAUGUCUAGUUCAGUUAGCAAUUCAGCGGCGUGCAUGGCUUUACUACAAAGUUGGUGGGCCUUGAAUGCCGCUGCAGGUGCGGGUGCGAAGAAAUGA